AUGGAGGAAGAUGGUGGAGGCCCUAAAAGCUGUUAAUUAGAAGAGAGAGAAGAAUAUUCGGAUGUUCCUCAAAGAAAACAGGAACUUACUGAUGACACUGAGAAGCUGAACUAUGAAACUGAAGAGAUGAUGACAGAUGUUGAUAACCUAGCUUUAGUGGAGGAGAGCAAAACUAUUCAGAAGAACAAGCAAAUAGCCAUAGGAAGAAAGAAAUUCAACAUGGACUCCAAAAAGGGAAUUCAGUUUCUGGUAGCAUAUGACCUGCUACAGAGUUUCCCAGAAGAUGUUGCCCUGUUCCUGUAUAAAGGAAAAGGCCUAAAUAAGAAGGUCAUGGGUGAGAGUGAUGAAUUUAAUAUCAAAGUUCUUCAAGCGUUUGUUCAGCUCCAGGAGUUUGUUCAUCUCAACCUCGUGCAGGCCUUAAGGCAGUUCCUGUGGAGUUUCAGGUUGCUGGGGGAUGCUCAGAAGAUGGAUCGCAUGAUAGAGGCCUUUGCCUGGCACUACUGCCUGUGCAACCCUAGCGUCUUCCAGUCCACAGACAGGUGCUAUAUGCUGUCAUUUGCCAUCAUCAUGCUCAACACCAGCCUCCACAACCACAAUGCACAUGAUAAGAACACACAAGCCCAACUCAUCAUCAUGAACUGUGGCAUCAGUGAUGGGAAAGACCUCCCUGAGAAGCUGCUGGGGAACUUAUAUGAGAGUAUGAAGAAUGAACCAUUUAAAAUCCCAGGGGAUGAUGGGAAUGGCAUGACACACACAUUCUUCAAACCAGACCAGGAAGGCUGGCUCCUGAAGCUGGGAGAGUGCGUAAAGACCUGGAAGCUGCGCUGCCUCAUCCUGAAUGGCUGCCUCUAUUACUUUGAAUACACCACAGACAAGGUGCCUAGGGCCAUCAUUCCCCUGGAAAACCUCAGCAUCAGAGAGGUGGAAGGCCCAUGGAAACCCAACUGCUUGGAGCUUUACCAUCCCAACUGCAAAGGGAAAGUCAUCAAAGCCUGCAAGGUAGAAGCUGGUGGCCAGGUGGUGGAGGGAAAGCACAUGGUGUAUCACAUCUCAGCCUCAAGCCCUGAGCAGAAGGAGGAGUGGAUGGAAUCCAUCAAAGCAAGCAUCAGUAGGGAUCCUUUCCAUGACAUGUUGGUAGGAAUGAAAAGAAGGAUUGCUAAAAAGAAAUAG